AUGCGGACCCAGGCCCUCCCCGGCCUUCUUCUCGCUGGCAUCUGCUUUCUGGGCGCCUACCUGGGGGACGGAAGCUAUCUUGCUAAAGACUCCCGACAUUCCGACUGGGACUCCCAGGCCUCCUCAGCGGCCCCGGCAGCACCGGGCUUCGGCUCUUGGCUCCCAAACCUCGGCUCCCUGAUACCCCAAGGCCCGAUUUCUGAUGCCGAGAUCGUGAGCUUGCUGCCGCCGCCCCUCGGCAACGACGAACCCUCUGACGAAGGCCAGCAAGAUGAUUGGACAAGGCGCCACAAGCGAGCCUGGGAGCUCUACCACUACCUCGCAAGCUGGGCAGCUGGGCACAGUCGCCAGGGGAUGGGCAUCCUGCUAAGAUUUAUCGAGAUAAUUUAUCCAAGCUUCUUCACCAAGGCAACCCUCCUCUGGUUUGUUUUUAGUCCUGCUGGUGUCGCUGCAGAAUCGCUACCCGCAUGGGUCCAAUCCAUCGUGGGGGAAGUUUUCCGCCGUACCCUUCGUGCCUUCGUACAGAGGGCGGCGGAAGGCGGCUACGGCGCCCCUCAUGUCAUAUCCCUGGUUCGAGCGCUCUGGCAGUCGUCUCUCGUGCACGACAUGCUGAAGCAUUUCCGCAUGGACGCGGCUGAUCUAGAAGCGCUGCUCACCGUAUUUCUCAACCGCUGGGUGGGAUGCGAUGUGUUUAGCAAACUUGAGUGUGGGACGUAUUGCGUUGACUGCAACGCCCUGGCUGUCUCGCCGGGAACAACCUGCUUGGACAAGCUGUAG